AUGCCGUUCCCCACGCGCCUCCCGCCGCCGGCCACCGCCGCGGCCGCUACCGCCGCGGCCGUGCUCGCGGCUGUCGCACUGCGCCGGUACCUCUCCUCCCGCUCCCGCGCGGCCGCGGCCGCGCAUAGCACCAGCGGCGGAGCCCCAGCCGCCACCACGUUCCUCGUGCUCUCCGGCAAGUCCCCCCAGGACCAGCAGCUCCUCGCCUCCGCCGCCGGCGAGCUCUCUCUGGCGGAGGAGGGCGGGGGCGAGCUCGCCGUCUCCCUCGCGCUCGACGCCAGCGGGGACGCGGGCUUCGACGCGGCCGUCUACAUGGGCGCGCUCCAGGCGCGGCGCUUCGGGAGGUGGAUGCUCUGGUCGCCGAGGAUGGCAUCCACGCACGACCUCGUGACGCAGAACUUCGCCAAACUUCCGGUGGGCGUCGUGUGCGUCACAGACGUGCAGUUCAAAGGCAGAGGAAGAUCAAAGAAUGUGUGGGAAUCACCUCCAGGUUGUCUCAUGUUCUCGUUUACAUCACAGAUGAAUGAUGCCCGCAAGCUUCCCCUUAUGCAAUAUGUCGUUUGCCUUGCCAUGACCGAAGCCAUCAAAGAUUUGUGUUGUGCGAAGGGACUUCCAGAGCUAGAUGUAAGGAUAAAGUGGCCUAAUGAUCUAUAUCUGAAGGGGUUAAAAGUUGGUGGCAUUCUUUGUACCUCAUCAUAUGAGCCGAAAGUCUACAAUAUUUGCACUGGUAUUGGUUUAAAUGUCGACAAUGAAAAGCCUACUACAUGUUUGAAUGCUGCACUCCAAGAACUAAAGGCUAAUUCACCAAGACUUAAACGAGAAGACGUACUAGCAUCAUUCUUCAACAAAUUUGAAAUUCUUUUUGAUAUUUUCUCAAAUCAAGGAUUUCAGGCCCUCGAGGAGCAAUACUACAACUCAUGGCUUCACAGUGGCCAAAGAGUCGUCGUACAGGAUGCGCAUGAAGGCCAGUCUGUGAACAGUGUGGUCACGAUUAAGGGGCUAACACCAAGCGGCUACUUAUAUGCUGUUGGUGAGGACGGCAAGAGCUAUGAGCUGCACCCUGAUGGUAACAGCUUUGAUUUCUUCACAGGAUUGGUGAGGAGAAAGAUAGAUGCAUAG